AUGACGAAAUCCGCGGGGAAUGGCUGCGCCAAUGGCGCGUCCAAGUAUAAGAGGCUUUCGUCGCAGCCCGAGAAUCCUUACGCCGAGAUGGUUCCCGAUCAAACUUUCGCAAUCAUACCACACGUUACACUCGAAUCCGGUGUCGAAUUGCGUAAUGUCAGUGUGGCCUACAAAACCUACGGCACACUGGCACCAACGGGUGACAAUGCCAUGGUCAUCUGUCAUGCGCUCACUGGAAGCGCUGAUGUGGGUGACUGGUGGGGACCACUCUUGGGCGGAUCCGGGAAAGCUUUCGACACAUCGCGCUUCUUUGUCAUCUGCAUGAACAGUCUCGGGAGUCCAUACGGCAGCGCAAGUCCAGUAACAGCCAAAGAGGGUGAUGUCUCACUGGGACCAUAUGGACCCGAGUUCCCGCUGACAACGGUGCGGGACGAUGUGAACAUCUUCAAGCUCCUUCUCGACGACCUUGGUGUGAAGCAGAUUGCUGCCGUCAUUGGAGGCUCCAUGGGUGGCAUGCUUGUGCUCGAGUUCGCAUACUUUGGUAAAGACUACGUCAGGUCGAUUAUCCCCAUUGCCACGUCAGCUCGCUAUAGCGCGUGGGGGAUCAGCUGGGGUGAAGCGCAACGACAGAGCAUCUACAGUGAUCCAAAGUACGAUGAUGGUUACUAUACCUACGAGGACCCUCCAGCAACUGGGUUGGGAGCCGCGCGCAUGUCUGCCCUCCUGACCUACCGAAGUCGCGACUCCUUCGAAUCUCGCUUUGGCCGCAAUACGCCUGACCUUUCCAAGAAGCAAAGCAUCAAUACCGUGCCACGACCAGCAACACCAGUGAACCUUUCGCAUGAACACUUUGCUAUCCACAAUCACGGCCAUCGAAAUGCGGGAUCGCCACGACUCGUCUCGAGAAGCAAUAGCAGCACAACGUUACCUACCUCGGCAGCAACACAGACAGACCUCGAAUUUCAUGAUGCUUCGUCUCCUACCACUCCGCCGUCGAAUGGGGCCAAUCAGAGUCGUCGUCUUACGAAGCCUAGCGCGCCACACUUCUUCUCCGCCCAGUCAUACCUUCGUUACCAAGCAGAGAAGUUCAUCAAGCGUUUCGAUGCCAAUUGCUACAUUGCCAUUACAAGGAAGCUAGAUACACAUGAUGUCUCGCGUCAUCGCUAUCCUGAGGGCGAAUCUCCUGAAACCCUAGAUCCAGUAUCGGCUCUACACCACGCCUUGUCUUUAAUCGAGCAGCCCACUCUCGUUCUGGGCAUACAGUCUGACGGGCUUUUUACAUUUGCGGAGCAACAGGAGCUCGCUGCACACAUUCCAAAUGCUUCCUUGAAGACAAUCGAUUCCCCCGAUGGCCAUGAUGCGUUCCUACUCGAGUUCGAACAAGUCAACAAACACUUGUUAGGAUUCAUGAGGACCGUCUUACCCGAAAUCAUGAAUGGCGCCCCAAACUCGCAAUCCCUCACAUCCUCAUCAGGUUCGGGCAUGAAGGUUGCCAAGACCAGUACAUUUGGCGAAGCAGAGGUGGACGACAUUACAGCUUGGUGA